AUGCUUUCCUAAUCAAAUUUGACUCUAACUACUUAAAUCAGAUUAGCCACUGUUAUUCAAGCAAUCGCAUAAAACGAAUAAUUGAGUGAGAAAAGAAGAUAAAUACUAGCCUAGCUUGACAUGUUCACUGUAGAAGUUGCGUUUUUACGGUUGGAUCAAAGCAGAGUGAAUCAAUUGGCACAUACAGAUAUAAUUGAAUUUUUAUAAGACAAUAAAAUAUCCCAUUCCCAAUUUGAGGCAGCCUACCUCUUUAAGAGAUUAGAUUGGGACAGAGAUGGAAGAAUAAAAUUGGGAGAUUUUCUCUAAUACAUUUUACCAAAAAGAAAUAACACCUUAAGAGACAUCGCCAAAGCCAGAACCCCUUAUUAAAUUGAACCUGGAAUGUUAUUGCCUAACGAAGUUGAAUUGGCACUUGCUGACUUAUUUACCUAAGAAAUCAAUAAUUACAGGACAAUAAGCCAUGCAAGAUAGGCUCUAGUCAAUUCUUUAGACUACUCAACCUUGGAGGCCUUCAAAACUCUUGAUUUGUUUAACCAAGGUUUUCUGACAAAGGAAACUUUAUCCCUAUUCAUGUAAAAGUAAGGAGCCCCAUUGUUGAAUGAAGAAGUAGACUCAUUCUUUGAUGCUGUUGAUUUGGAUCAAGAUGGAAGAAUAUCCUAUAGUGAAUUGGUAGAGGCAGUUCACUUGAUGGAGCCCUUACCCUAUAGAUCAAGUGUUGUUAGGGACACAGACUAUAUUAGAGCAGUAGAAAAUAAUAGAUCACUAGAAAGACUAGCUCUGCCUAGUUAUCCUUAUUAUUUCUACCCAUACUAUCCCUAUUAUUAUCCUUAUUACUAUCCAUCUUUGAGAUUGGAAAAUGUUAGACAAAGAGAAAAUUCUCUCGAAAGAUUAAGAAGAUCAAGAUUAUAAUAGAUCGAGAGUGAAAAUAGAAUUAUUCAUUUGGAGAACGAAACAAGAAGAAGUGCUGAAAGAUAAAGAAGCGCUGAAAGAUUAAGAUAGAUUUAAGAAGAAAGUUUGAUUAGAUAAAAGCAAAUUGAGGAGUAAAAUAGAAUCAGAGAGCUAGAUAGGAUAAGAGAUGAUGACUUGAGAAGAAGCAGAGAAAGAAUAAGAUUGAUAGAAAACGAAGCAAGACUUAAGUAAAUUGAGGCCGAAAGUAGGGCAAGAGAUAUCGAAAGAGAGAAUAGAUUAUUAGUAUUAGAAAGAGAGUAGAGAAUAAGAUAAGCAGAGUUGGAAAGAGAAUUAAUAGAAAGCAAAGUUAAAUAUCAAAAUUUGGAGAGAUAAAGUUCUUUAGAGAGAUUGAGAUAACUUGAAGAUAUAAGAAGAGCAGAAUUAGAUAAAUUAAGAACAAGCUCAGCAUUGGCUUACUCUCCUUAUUAUUCCACAUACACUUCAAACGUACCAUAUUAUGAGAAAGUAUUAUAAAAAUACCCAUAUUCUUUAAUUGAUUCGAUAAAUGCUUUUAAUUCUAUAAGAAGAUAUUCACCAAUUAAUAAUAAGUCAUUGGUCUAAUCAACAAUUUACGAAAGCCCAAGUAAAAUAAAGAAGUAGGAAUUCAAGUAAAAAUGAUUAAUACAAUUUUCAUUAAUAAUCUAAAUACAUAUAUUUGUUCUAUUGCCCU